GGCUUCCUACUUGUGCAGACGCAUUCAAGGAAGAAUUGAGCAAAAUCAAACCAGUUUGCAGGCUUCCUCAUACGAUCGAUGGCCAUGAAUUCCAACAGUAAAAAUAGUGCUAGCGGUUGAGAGAUUUGUGAACUGCAACUAGGACGAUGCGGGUUCAAUAUUUAAUUCAAAGUACAACACAAUAACGAUUGAACCUACAAGUGGAAUCGUCAAAGUCCAAAAUAUUGCAUUCCAAUCAAUGUAGUAUAAAAGACUGAGUUCGUGUUGUCAGUCGAUUUCACUUCCAUUCCGUGUCUUAUCAAUUGAGUGCUAACAUGGGUGAUUAGUAACAAUCAAGCACCAGGUCAAUCGUAAGGUCAUCAAGCAACAAAGUAGAAGAGUUGAUCGAUUUCUUCUCAAUCGCGUGCGAUUGAUCAUUUCAUCAUCAGAUCAAAAUGGUCUGCGGUACGUGCUCUCUGAGGAACUUAGUACUAUUUGCAUUCCUUGGAUAUUGCUUGGGGUUGAAAUCGCAUCCCGAGGAAACAACCCUUCCAAAAGUACUAACAGCUGUUGUACAGUAUGGAAAACGUCUGAAGCUGAGCGUGAAGAACGUGAAAUAUGCGGAUCAUCUUUGGCAAUUCAAUGGGACGUCCGUGUCGGAGAAGUGUGAAGUGACGAUAUCUGAUGUAGGCAGCACCCUUAUUUGCGGGCACAUGGAUUGGUCAGACGAAGGACUGUACGAGUACCAUGGAGUUACUCGACAUGGGCAAAAGGAAACACCGCUAGCAGUUUUGGUCAAAGUUGAGGAAUGCGAUAAGCCUGAUAACCAGGAACCUGCAUCGCUCACGGGUGUUCCCACGCAAAGCAAAAAAUGUUUUUGUUCCGGAAUCACGGAAAAAUGCAACAUGGCGGAAAAUCUGUUCAGGAUCAAGUUGUCCGCUAAACUUCUUAAAAGUGACGAAGUACCUUUUCGGUGGCCAAGUGGUGGAAAUGCGGAACACUCGCAAUACUAUUCGCUGCCAAAGCAUCUGAGAGGAAAUCUGUUGAUGUCUUAUGGUGGAUUUCUGGAUAUUCAGUCAAAAGAAGAUGACGUGGAUGACAAUGGUCCAGAUGUAGUCCUACAGGGCAGCACGUUGACGAUGGUAUACUACCACAAGCGAGAAUUAGAGAUCAAUGGGGAACAAGCGAACAAACUAGUUCAAAUAACCGAGCACAAUUGGCGACUUUUGAAUGGGAGUAUCGUGCAACGAGAUGAGUUCAUGACUGUCUUGACGAACGUCACAAAGUUUUACGUAAAAUGUAAAUCUUCCGAUAGCUUGGAAUCGCCUCAAGUUGUGCUGGACAGCGCAGACUUCAAAGAUCACGGACUAGGUCAAGUUUCAACAGUGGAAGUAUGUAAAUGUCGUGUCGGAUUCAGGGGCUUAUCCUGUGAAAGCUGUGCUCCCGGAUUCAUUCGGAGGCAUGCUGUGGGACCACUAGGAGUGUGUGUCUCAUUUAAAGAAUAUUGGGAUGGUUUGAAGCGAUCAUUAGAAAUUCCACAUUCCUAUAACUGGUACAUGAAUACAAGUUGAACAUAAGUCAAAACAGGAUGAUUCAGAAGACCUACCAAAUAUCAUACAUAAAUUUUCAAAUAAAUAAUUACAUUGUCCAUGUC